CGCAGACGAAAAUAUGGUAUUGCCAAUUGUAAAAUUGGCAACGUUACUAUUCAAACAGUUCCAAAGACCAGUUGUAAAAAGUUUGAGUGAAUGGGCAAAGCAUCAUCCAAAAUUUAGCUCAGGUAUCGGACGUAUGGCUCAAAUUUAUCAUUCAAUGGAUUUUACAGUACAAAGUAAAUUACUUGGUUUUGGUAAACCAAAAAAAGUGAAAUCCUUAUCAGAAGAUGAAGCUAGGAAUUUGGGGACCAAAUUAGUUGGAGAAACAUUAGUUUAUGGAAUAUCGGCAUCAUUUCUGUUAUUUGAAUAUAGAAGGUCUUUAAAAAAUGAUAAGAUUAAAGAAAGAAGGAGAAAGGAUGAAAUAGCAGAAAUUCUAAGAAAAAUACAUGAUAAUGAAAUGAUGACAGAAGUUAAAAUAAAAGAACUGAAAAAACAAAUUAGUACAUUAGAAGACAAACAUCGGAGUUUAGAAAAUACACUGUCAACUCUUAAAUUUGAAUAAUGUUAUAUACUUCCUAUGAAGUUUUUUUGGCACGUUGAGUUUACAACAUGCAUGCUUCUCUGAAUACUAUGAUAUUCCAAAUAUCGAAAAAGUAAUUAUGGCAUUUUCGAA